GGAUCGUCCAAUGAGAUUAUUCCAGGCCCGUAUACAUGUAUAUGGUGUUGUGUCUCACCUCAGUAGCUCUACAAAAAUCACCUGGAAAAUCAUCAAAAAAUCAGGGAGGUGAUGUAGAGUCAUCAAACGAUUUAAUUUCGUUGAAAAAAUUCUUGGGUGAACUUGCAAUAAAAUUAAAAAAACGAAACUGGAUACACAGGAGAGCGACAAGAUUGAGGAGGACGUGAAAAUGGUGUCCUUACCCAGUACAGAAUCUGGGAAUAUGGACAGAAUGGAUCGUUUAUCGGAUGAUGAUGAUGACGAACCCAGUAGUGGAUCUGAGACCUACGAAGAGGGUGAUCUACUGGCAGCUGCCAUGGAUGAUGACGUGACGGCCCAGCUCGCCGCUGCAGGUUGGCAAAUCAAAUGCGCUAAUGGACCUGUUGGGGUAGCGGCUGCUGCGGCAAUUGUCUCAGCGAAGAAGCGGAAACGACCACACAGUUUUGAGACGAAUCCCAGUAUCAGGAAGAGACAACAGAAUAGACUCUUGAGAAAGCUCAGACAAACAAUAGACGAAUUUGCGACAAGAGUUGGCCAGCAAGCAGUAGUAUUAGUAGCAACACCCGGAAAACCAAAUAGUAGUUACAAAGUGUUUGGUGCAAAACCACUGGAGGAUGUAGUUAAGAAUUUAAAAACAAUGAUAAUGGAGGAGCUGGAGAGUGCUCUUGCACAGCAAGCACCACCACCAGUCCAGGAUGAUCCGUCGCUCUAUGAAUUACCACCACUGAUAAUCGAUGGUAUACCAACACCCGUUGAGAAAAUGACGCAGGCACAGCUCAGGGCAUUUAUCCCGUUGAUGCUGAAGUACUCAACAGGCCGGGGAAAACCUGGAUGGGGACGUGAGAGCACACGGCCGCCUUGGUGGCCAAAAGAGUUACCCUGGGCCAAUGUUCGCAUGGAUGCUCGUUCUGAAGACGAGAAGCAAAAGAUUUCAUGGACACAUGCGCUGAGACAAAUAGUCAUAAAUUGUUACAAAUUUCAUGGAAGAGAAGAUCUACUACCAGCGUUCAGUGAAGACGAUGACAAGUCAAAUGUUCUAAUACAACAGCCCACACCUCAUUCAUCACAGACGUCCUCGAAUCAGGGUCAGAGUGGCCAGUCCCAACAACAGACGGUGGGAGUUGUUCGUCUAAGCACCACAGGCUCAUCUAAGGGAAACUCAUCGCCACCGCAAAUCAUUGCUGCAUCGCCUACGACUCUUGCCACUGCCACUCAGAUGACAGCCCAGUAUCCAACAACAGUUCUCCAAACAAUAACAAAUCCGGACGGGACCGUGUCCAUUAUCCAAGUAGAUCCAAGUAAUCCCAUAAUAACUCUACCAGACGGCACCACCGCCCAAGUACAAGGGGUUGCAACUAUACACACGAGUCAGGGUGAAGUGCAAACACUGGCAGAAGUUGGUGGUGCUGAUGGUACGAGUGUUGCUGUUGAUCUCAACAGCGUCACCGAAGCAACACUAGGCCAAGACGGACAAAUCAUUCUUACUGGAGAAGAUGGACACGGAUAUCCGGUGUCAGUGUCGGGUGUUAUCACAGUACCAGUAUCAGCGAGUAUGUAUCAAACAAUGGUGGCUAAUAUACAGAGUGAUGGAACAAUGCAAGUUGUAACACCAAUGCAAGUACAAGUACCUAAAGUUGAACCUGGUAAUGGAGAGACAAGCAUCGAAGCUGUUACUAUUCAGGGUCAUCCAAUGACAAUGAUCAAUGCUAAUGGAGAGCAUCAGGUGCUACAAGUGAUAUCAUUGAAAGACGCUAAUGCACUGACCAAGGCGAUGCAGGGUGAGAUCGUAAAAGACGAGGAUAGCCAGCAUCAGCAGACUGUUUCUAGCCCUGAGUAAAUCUAAUUUGUCAUUGUUUGAGAUUUUUUCAAGGAGAGAGAAUGCUUUUGGGAAUGUUUCUUUUAUUUUUAUUAUCGAAAACAAUUGGAAUCACCAUACCGGUAUUUUACAAGAAGAUCAAAAAUAACAAUAAUUUUGAUUGAAAAUUGAAUGAAAAUUUAAACUCUUGAAUGAAAUUUUUAGUUUUUUUAGUUGGCGGAACAAUUUUUCCGAUACACAUCUUUAGUUUUAUAAAUUUCAUGCUGUUUUAGCAUACGCGCACUCUUUCAAAUUUACGUAUUCAAUUAUGCACUAUCCAAUUUUUUGUAUUACAUGCGUUUUUUAAUGCACAUUUUGGGUUUUAGACGAACGAAGUUUUGUUUUUUAUGAUGGAAUCUACGGCUGUUUUGCAUGCCUGCAUACUUUCAGAUCUAUACACUUGAGUUUUAGAUGUCCGACUAGACAUGUUUUUGUAUUACAUGGUCCCAGGGUAAUUAUUAAGCACAAAAUUCUGCUCUGAGAUGAAUUAUAAGUUAAUUCAAAUACUUUUAAGUACUCGAGUUUUUGAUGUUGAGAUUUGACACAUUAUGGCAAACAAUACCAUGAUUUACUUUACUGCAAUAUGUUUAAUCAAUGACAGUAUAAUUUCCCCACCAAUUUAUGAAUGUAUUAUAUUUACACUGAUGCAUUACAAUUUUUCAUAUCACAUUUGAAAAGUAGAUAUUUGAAAAAUAAAGAAAAAGAAAAGAAUUUUUUAAUAAAUGAGCUAGAAUUUUUUAUAAUCUUCCGUGGUUAUCAUAUCUUUAUAAAAACUGAAGAAAUUAUUAGGUUUUGCGUAAUCAGGUUGGCCAAUACGUAAUUGCAAAUAAAAAAAUUGAUCAGUGGUAAACGAGUAAAAGUGUCACUCAUUCAAUUGAUAAUUCAACUCUGUGCAGUACAUGUGCAUAAAGACUCAUUACUUUCGUGUGAUACAACAAUGUGUAAAAUGAGAUGUGCAAGACUCGUGUGUAUUAAUUUGGAAGUGUACAAGAGUGUAAAAAGUCUCUUCUGCACAGAUUCGAUUCAUACACAUUUCUGUCUAGGCUCCUCUUAAUUACUCUAACCAACUCUUGCACAUUAAUUAUUUAUUACUUCAUUUAUGAGUUACUGAAUAUUCAGUAGUUUCUGUAUUACAUCGUGAGAGAAGUACCAAACAACAAAACUUCAAUUGCAUUGAGCGUUCAGUGAUCAAUUGAUCGUAAUUGGAUAAUUAAAUUCCGUGCAAAAGUCCAUUAGAGUAGUUGAAAUUGUUAUUCAUGGAAAUAUACAGUAUAUUUGUGUACGAUCGGAUACUUUGUCCAGAACAUUGUAAUGAGUAAUACACUUUGUUCCUGUCAGAAAAGCCAUGUGAAUUUUAAAUUGCAUGUAACAUAGCAAUAUGAAAAAUUGGAUGCAUCAAACACUGGUGUGUGGAUUGGAAAGUUUGGUGAGUGUGCAAAACAGCCGAAUUAAGGGUAACCAUAGUUUUUUGUUGUAUCGUAAAUUACUUAAUAAAUUAUAAUAUAAACAUAUGUUUUUUCCAGAUAUUAUUCACUCAAGAUUAUGGAAAAUUCGAAUUAACGUUUGAAUAUCGUCAUUUAAAAAUCAUC